CUUGUUGAUGACGACGUAUUCGUUUGCAGUUGUUGGAAGAGCGAACUGCAAAGUGUGAGAGAGAGAAUGACCAAAAGCAAUACGAACCCCGAAAAGUCGCCAACAUCAUCGUCAUCAUCAUUAUCCUUGUGCUGCUAUUUCCCGUGCUCGUCCUCUUCAGCGUUGUUGCAGAAUCUUGUCGUAGUCUUGGCGAGUUGCUUUCAGCAAUGUUUCGCGUGCUUGAUUGUUUGACUUGGAAAUGUUUUCUUGUCGGGCUAGUGGCGGCGCUUUCGGGCCCACACAACAACUUAGGCCUAGCCUCUUUUGGCUCCAGAGACAAAGCCGUUGUCGAAGUGCUUUUUCCCCAAGUCCUAAGGAACAACGAGUUCCCGGAUAUUCAAGAGGAAAAAGCAGUACAACAACAUCAUCAUCAUCAACAACAACAACAGCAACAGCAACAACAGGCUCAAGGAGACGAGACAACGAAAUUGACCUUCACUCUCCUGAACACCAGGGCCAACGAGAACGGUCAUUGGGCAGAUGAGUCACACUCUCCGACUUUGUCGGCCUUGCUCAGCCUUCGAACGGUAGAGGGUCUCACAUUCCAAUACGAUUUGGAACCCAAUGCGCAUUUGCACUCAUCAAUCGACGGAUGUGUCACGUGGAAAGGCCGAGAUCGUCAACACCGGCUUCAUCAGUCUCAUCAUUAUGAUUCCGUUGCAUUGACGGUAUGCGAUGGGAACAUGUUCCACGGGAUCAUCUUUGUUGGUGAUGAUCGGGCUGCGUUUGAGAUCCAACCCCUGAAGAAUGAUCAUACGGCUAAUGGGCAUUCAUUUGUAGCUCUGAAAUCCCGAUCAAAGCGCGAGAUUGCUGCUGAACAUGGAUUCCUUUUGGAUGACAUUUGGAAGGUUGAAAAGAGGAAAGCAUCCCAUGAUUUGCGGAAGUCCUCCUCUAACAUGACCAAACGAGGCGAGAUCCGGUGUCAAGGAUCGUACUGCCAAUAUUUCAAGGUGAAGCAAGAUGAGCCCAAGUGGCUGGAAUUGGCCAUCAUUGUCGACAGCUCUGUGGUUCAGUUCCAUGGGAACGAGACCGUACAGAGAUACGUACUCACUUUGCUCAAUGUGGUCAGUGCCAUAUAUAGCGAUCCAACUUUGGGAUCGAAUUUAAAGUUCGUGCUCAGUAGAAUCAUCUCGGUGCCAGAGACGGAUAAUCCAAUUGUAUCUGGCAAGUCCAAAAAGUCCUUGGCCAAUGUGAACAAGUGGAACGAGGCCUUUUUGAGGGAUCUCCCGGAGGAUCAAAAGCAUGAUCUAGCCAUUUGGCUCACUCGUAAAGAUAUUGGCGGCCCUUCCGGGUAUGCCCCGGUAUCUGGAAUUUGUGAUCCUGCUCGAAGUUGCUCUCUCAUUCACGAGGACGGCCUUUCCUCCACCUUUAUCAUUGCCCAUGAGCUUGGUCAUCUCUUGGGGCUGUCCCAUGACGGAGACGCGAGUGCUGGAAAUGAAUGUCGAGAUGAGGCUCUUCAAGGUUCAGUUAUGGCGCCUCUGGUUGGAGCCACUUUCAGCUACUUCCAUUGGUCUUCUUGCUCGGCUGAGGAGUACCAUUUCAUGUCCGAUGAGUGGCAUUGUCUCAAGAACCCACCACGUUCCCCUCAGAACGUGACAUUCAUCAGCAAUUCCUUCCUUCAUGCUUACACGCUCGACGAACAAUGCCGAAUGGAAUUUGGAGAUGGUUUUCAAUUUUGUAAGAGCUUUCAGCUUCCUGAUCCGUGUGCUCAAUUAUGGUGCAGUCACGAUACCACGCCUGAUACUUGCAAGACCAAGAAGGGUCCACCCAUGGAUGGAACGGAGUGCGACGUGGGCAAAUGGUGCAUCAACGGAUAUUGCGAGUCCACAUCAAAACGUCGCCGCAACGAGGAUGGAUUACGACACAAUCCACAGGCAGGAGGUUGGAGUCAAUGGGGAUCUUGGGAGGAUUGCUCCCGGACGUGUGGAACUGGAGUGGCCUUCAGAGCCCGAAAGUGUGACAAUCCACGACCAACCUAUGGAGGCGAACAAUGCCGGGGGGAUGCCGAAGAGUUUAGGCUCUGUAAUUUGAAUCCCUGUCCAAAAGCCGGGGAUUUUCGGGCCCAACAAUGUUCCGAUCUGUUCGAACUGAUUUCCAUGAAUCCAGGCCAACAAUCGUCCCGCUCAAAGAUGACUUGGUAUCCAUACGAGCACGAAUUAGAGGAUUACAAAUGCAAACUAACGUGCCACAAUCGAGAGAGCAGGGAAUACUAUCAAACAGGAGAGAACGUGAUUGAUGGCACAUCUUGUAGUUAUGAUCAUCCAUCGGACGUAUGCAUCCAAGGCAAAUGUGUUAAAUUGGGAUGUGAUAUGAUCUUGGGAUCACCGCUGGUCGAGGAUCGAUGCGGAACUUGCGGUGGAAAUGGGGAUCAAUGUGAGGUGAAGUAUAAAGAACUGCGCGGUCCUUUCAAAUCAGCGCGAACAAAGAUUGCCUAUUUGCCUCGUGGAACAAGGAACAUCCGCAUAUUAGUGCGUUCAAAGGGAACGUUCUUGGCCUUCAAGGAGCAAAAAGAGAACAAUUGGAUCACAUUUGACCAAAACCAUGGACCUCAAACCAACAAUAACAGUUCAAUGGUCUCGGCACAAACCAAGGCGAACCCACCGUUUCGACAAACUUUUGUGAGCAGUGGCGCCAAAUUCGAAGUUAGUCCCGGUGCCGAAACUUUCUCCGCUCGGGGUCCAUUGAUUUCGCCACUGACUAUUUUUGCGGGUUCCAUGGAACCAGAGGUGUCCCAGGAGUUCGAAAAUUAUAUGGUGGAUCUACAAUACAACGAAUCUCCACAAAAGGAAUCAACCAAGAGUCGUCCUGAAUUAGUCGUGAAGGGAUGGUCCAAAUGCUCCAAGGAAUGUGGCGGAGGUCGGCAAACUGUUGUCCUUAGGUGUGUGGAUCAAUCAUCGGGUCGACGACUUCGAAAGAAGUUUUGUCGUUCCAAUACCUCAUCGUCGAAUAAAAAGUUGCGAAGAAGUCGCACGUGCAACAACUUCUCUUGUAAUUUUACGUGGAGCUCGAGUGCUUGGGAGGAAUGCACUCAUACCUGCGGGGUUCAAGGCGUCCAAAUCCGACAAAGUUUCUGUGUGCCCGUGGAAAUGAACCAUUCGUGGGGCACUCCGCUCUGGUCAGGCAUGGUAGAUCCUACAAACUGUCGAGGAGACAAGCCACAAAGGUCCAGGGAGUGUAAUCGCGUGCCAUGUAUUGGGGAUUGGGUCCAAAGUGACUGGACGUCGUGUUCCACGUCUUGCGGUAUUGGCAUCCAGAAAGCCACAUUUGAAUGCCAAUCGAAACGUCCCCACGAUCUGUUUUACGAUUGUGGACCAAGGCCAGUGGUCCAUAAACAUUGCCAAUUGGCUUCGACGUGUCCCAAAGAGCCUUGUCAAUCACGGCUCGAAGUGGAUCAGUCGGAGAUUUGUGCUGAUCAAGUCAUGCAACGCUAUUGUGCUAUCCCAUCCUAUCGCAAAAUGUGCUGCCAAUCCUGUCGUAAACACACAGAGUGGCAAUAUCUUUGAUUUGCAACCUAAUGAUAAAGGACGGUUGGGAUAUAUUGAUCCACAGAAUGAGUGAACCAUAAUUACUUCUUACAAAGAUUAAAUCGAACUUCCAGUGUUUUGCCUUUUUAUGUGUGCUUAUAACGAAUAUCAUUACUCGUUUUCAAAGCCACUGUUUUAUAUGAAUUACGAACAUAACUCUAUUUAUAAACUUGACCAACUUAGACCCGAAUGUCACUCAAUUUCAAGUGUUGCAAUGCUGUGUGCUUGGAAAUCAGGCAGUAGAUGACAACAUCUUCGAUUGGUUUCACUUUCGCCGUGACCCAUUUUCUUGAGAACGACUGUGAUCAUAUCGCUAAAAUUUGGCCCAUAUCAAAAACAAAAACCAUGGCAGAUCGAUGUCAUGUCAAUGCUCAAUACCAAAACUUGUGACGUAAUUGAAAUCGGAAUUAUAUAUAUUUGAAGCUAAA